GCACGAAAUGUUUCAUGCAGGAGAAGUCUCACCAGAGAGUCAGCACAAAGGAGUAGUUAAACCAAACUUCCAGGUUGGAGAAUCCGUCGAGGAACAGUCGGAAAAAGCGGAAGGGAACGAUCCGAGUUCGGGAAAAACGUGAGCAGGAUUCGGGUCAAAGUGCAUUUGACAAUCGAAGAAGAUUCCAACCAAGAAAGGCACAAAAAGAUUUCUCCCCUUUCCAAGACAGUUAUCCCUGUAAUUUAAUAGGACUGAAAUUGCUGUUAAAGGACUCCACCAUGGCAAAGUACCUAAAAUACUUCACCACUGUGGGUGAUGACUACCAAAAGUGGCAAGAAGAGGAAGACCAUGAUAAUCUAGUAGAUGCUGAUGAAGAAAACCUUUCUUCUGAAUUCACCUCUUUUAGGGAAGCUCUCAAGUGGUUAUUUAACUCAAACAAGUUUCAGAUUGCCGUUGUGUGUUUAGUCAUUCUGGAUGCAUUAUUCGUGCUGUGUGAAUUGCUAAUGGAUUUAGCAGUCAUCGAAGUGGACAAAGAGAAAAUAGCACCCCAGGUAUUUCACUACCUGAGUGUUGCUAUUCUGUCUUUUUUUAUUCUGGAGCUAAUGGGUAAAUUAUAUGCCUUCCGUUUGGAAUUUUUCUGGCACAAGUUUGAAGUCCUGGAUGGAGUAGUUGUUGUUGUAUCUUUCAUCCUUGAUAUUGUCUACAUUUCCCGGGAAGAUGCUUUUGACGGUGUAGGCUUGCUCAUACUAUUACGACUCUGGAGAGUGGCAAGAAUAAUAAAUGGAAUCCUGAUGACUGUGAAGUCACGUGCAGUAAAGAAAGAAACUGAGCUCAAACAUGCCAACGACCACCUCAAACAGAGGAUUGGUGAGCUCCAGAAUGAGUGCACGGAACUGACAGAAGAAGUUGAGAGACUACGUAGAUUGCUCCAGGAGCAUAGCAUAAACUACCAGAUCAACUCAGAAACUGCUUGAUGCACAAGUGUUGAAUGAAGGCGCAAUUUAAAUGGCAUUUGAAAUUAUUUUUGUAAAUAUAUCUUGCGGAAUCUCAACCUGACUACAGAAUAAAGCACAGCUUUUCUUGUG